GAGCGAGAGGCCGCCGGAGCGGCGAUGGCCAGGCCAACCAUCCUGCCCACGAGCGUCAGGGCGACCGCACCCGAGGCCUUCAUGGUGCUCCACCUGAGGAUGCGGGUGGUGGAAGAGCAAACCAGCGCACUGGUGCGAGACCUGGAGGCGCUUGGCAUCGACGGGCAGAGCCUCGAUCAUUUCCACUCAAAGACCUCAGGAACACCUGCUAGUCACCCAGCCAUUAGCCCUGUGCAGGCCAGAGUAGCAUUUGUGGGAGAAAAUACAUUAUGGAAAAACUGUGAAACACUGGUGAAUCGAAUGUGUCGGUUAGAGAGCGUUGUGCAGACACUGAAACUAAACAUCUUCCGGCUGCAGACAGAAAAGGAACUGAAUCCAAAGUAUGCAGCCCAGUUGGAGCAGCGCCUGAAUGCAAUCCACAAGGAACAUUUGCAAGAAAUGAAGAUUGUACAGCAAGAAGCCAUGAAAUUGCGCCAACACCUCCAUGAUAUGAAAGAGGCUGAAGAAAAGGCAAAAGAAGUUGUUCAGAGACUGAGUACUGCUCUGGAGAUUACAACUGCAUCCAAGGUGGAUGUAGUGAUUGCAGCAGAGGAACUGAGAAACACAAACCAAAAAAUGAACUGUAGACUUCAGGAGCUAACAGAACAGCUGUCCCAGGAGAUCAGCCUACGGGAGUCUUUGGAGGAAUCCCAAGCAACUGUGAUGUGUCACGUACAGGACAUGGAAAUAACAGUAGAAACAGAACGGAAGCAGGUACAGAUAUUACGGCAGGACUGCCAAGAAUUGCAUAAAGAUGUCCAGCUAGCCCGAGUGAGGCUGCAAGAAGGGAAGGAAAGAACUGCCCAACUGGAGCAACAGUGCACACAACUGAAAGCUGAGCUGGACUCCAGGAACUGUAUAAUUUCCCAGCUUGGUGAUGAAGCAAAAGAUGCCCAGCUGUCCUUUAGCAAACAAUGCAAAGAGAACCUGCAACUUCAGACUAAAAUGACAGCCCUUCAAGAAACAGCAGAGAAAGUACAGGUCCUUAAUGACCGGUUAAGCCAGCAAUGCUCAGAGCUCAGCACCACACUCCAAAGUGUUGCCAUGGAGAAUGCUAAACUCAUUUCAGAUCAUCAGACCAUGCUUAAGGCAGAACAAGAAAAGACUCAUAAGCUGCAAGAGCAAGACUCGCUUACAAAUGCUGCCUGUGCCAACAUUCUUGGAGAGCUGCAGAGCGUGCAGCGUGAGAGGGUUCAGCUUCAAAGAGAGCUGGAGGCCUUGCGUACAGAGCAUGGCAAAUACAGGCAGAAAGUGAGCCUUGCUGAGGAGGCAGCAACCAUACAGAGACAGCUUUUGGAACGUAAUAUUGCUAGACUGCAAGGUGAACUUGAGACAGCUUUGCAAGAGAAAGGAUCUCUGCUGGCAGAAAAGGAAGUUCUUCAACAGGAGAUAAAGACAACAGCAAGUGAAACAAUACAGGAAAGGAACAAAUUUGAAGUAGAAAAAACAGUGAAUGAGCUAGAAAUGGUUUCAAUGAGAUUCACUGUGCAAACACUAGAGGAAGAGAACAAGAGGCUAUUGGACCACUUGGCUGCACUGGUACAUGAACAGUACGCCCAGCAGCAGGUGCAACAGCUGCUGGCAGAGCUGACUGAGAGCAAGAAUAAACUGACCUGUGACAAAAGAAAACUUCAGGUGGCAAACCUGCAGGACCAGCUGGAUGCAGCAAAGGGGGAUAACAGUAAGGCAACAGCCAUGCUGGAGCAUGUCUUAGCUUCUCAUAACAAGAUGCAAGCAGCUCUGGAUGCAGUACAAGCUGAGCUGGGACACAAGGACACCGAAAUCAGCAACCUCAGAAAAGACAAGAGCCAGACUCAACAGAAAAUACAGAGGUUAGAAACAGAAUUGGAACAUUACCAAGCCAAACUGGUUGCCAUGGGAAGGCAGCACAGCAGCCAGGUGGAACCACUUUGUAAGGCACUAGAAAGUGCUAGAACAGACAACAAGAAACUUGUUCUUCGUUUGGAAGAAGUUCUGCAGGUCAAUAAUACCCUGCAGAGCAAGCUGAUCCAAACUCAGUAUGAACUGAAAAGUAAAGAAACUGAGCAUCAGCAGCUGAUGGUCUGCAGGAAACAGUUAAUGGAAAAAGCCAAGACUGAGGAAAAGAUGUAUGCUGAACACUUAGAGUCUUUGAGGAAGCAGUUUCAAACUGAACAACAGGCUUCCAGGAAAGCUGCCUGUCAAGAAUCUGCUGAGGUAAAGAAAUCUCUCGAAGAAUCCUCCUUCAAACUGGCUGAAGUUUCCCGUGCUAACAAGGAGCUGCAGCAGAAAGUAAUAGAGCUGGAAGAGUCAUUGUCCAGUUACAAGGAAAAGCUAAAAAGCCAAAGAGCUCAAGUCAGACAAUGCCUGGCCUGUAACACUAAUGCAGAAAGGGUAAAGGAGACUGAAUCCAAACUGAGGAAAAUGGAAGCAAUAGAAGAAGAGUAUCAGAAGAAGAAUUAUGAACAAUCACAGGACAUCCAGAAAUUUGUGUCAGAGUUUAAAAGUGUGCAGAGUGAGAUGCAAGUGUUGUUGAAAAACCAACAUGAAGUGCAAGUGCAGAACAGUCAGCUGGAGACCCAGCUGGAAGCAGAGAGAAGGCAAAGGCAGCAGCUGGAAAACAAAUGUCAGAAACUGGAAAAAACAGUCAAACAUCUGAAGAAAUAUAAAGAGGAGACAGAAAAGAAACUGAAGGAAGCCAGCAUGGAGUCAGAACAGAUUACAACUAGCCUAGAAACAGCUCACCGUUGGUUCCAAUCUAAGUUUGACAGCCUGCAGCUAGAAGUGAAAAUCCACCAGCCAAAGAACCUUGAAGAGAGCAGCUCCAAAAAGGAGGUAAAGCAAGCAAGCACAUUCAUUUCAAAGGGGGAAGCAAAGAAAAUAGGUGGGGGAAGUAUUUGGUAGCUCAUUAUCAGUCAGAAUUUCAGUUUCCUAAACUUUCUUUUGUAGUUCCUUACGCAGGGGUGGAAAACAGACCCCUCUUCUUAGUUUAGUUUCUUUCCUCCUCUUGUGCCAAAGGACAUAUUUAAGCAGCAAAUAAUAUUACAGGUACAAGAUCGCUUCAAGAGACUGUUUCUGUACUUAAAAACAUUCUGUUGCACAUACUUUGUGUUUUGUUGAUGCUCAUUAACCACAUGCUUGUCUGAAAGCUAACAGCUGGUAUAUUUUCUUCUCUGCAUUCACCUCUGUUUCAGUGUUCUCCUUCCCUUCCUCCACACCUUUUACAGAUACCUUUCAAAAGCCACGCUUACCUUGUUGUUGUAGAUUCAUCAGCCUUCUCCAUAAUUGAUAGUUCUUAUAUAGCUGUGUAAUUACCUCAUUAGAGAUGUAUGUAGGAAACUGCUAAAACUUUAAUCUCUUCUUUAGUAAUGCCAAAGAUUCCCCAGCCAGUCAUCAGCUUCAUGAAACGUUGCAUCUUUUCCCAGAAGAAGAAGCAAGAAGAGCUUCCCCCUUGCAGCACUCCCUGGACAGCAGGGCAAGGACCCAGUGCCUCCAGCUCACCUUCAGGAAGGCCCACGUGAGCUGGGCAGGAAAUGAGCUCACUUAACUGGGUGAUUCCCAGCCCAGGGAGAGCAUCACCUGCUGCCAGGAGACUCCCUGCUAGCACCCAGGUGCUGGAAGAAUCAGGAUCUUUACUUGAUUUGACAAAGUUAGAUAGGUCUGUGUCACUGAGAAGGCCUUGCAAAUAAAGGGUGCUCACAGGGCACCCAUAUAUAGGAGACCUAGAAAUGCUUGUUUAAAUUAUAAACUCUGAUUUGAAUCAACUCAUACCUCUCACCUUGUCUCUUUGACUCAGGUGCAUUGUAUUGUGAGGUUGAUAUUGACAAAACUACUAUUUAUAGCAAAACAAUUAUUCUUUGUUCAUCAUUACUGUAAACUAUAUGCUGUUGAUAUGCUACAUCUUUGCUCUUUUCUUUUACGAGCUUUAGACUGAGGCCUGGCAGGUGCUAUUGAAACAAAUCCCAGACUGGUUUACACUCUGCAAACAGUUUGGUUCAGCCGAAUUACUGAAGACCAAGUCAUGUGUCUGUGGCUGGAUGCUGACGUGACUGGGACAGGGAGGGACUGGCAGGACUGGCUGCUUCUAAUGGUAGAUGAUAAUUCUAGUGGUCACGAGAGAACAUAAGCCUUGGGCUGUUUUAGGAUCGUAUAAGGAAUUCGUUAGGUAUGCGAUGUUACACCACACAUCAUCUUACCUUCCUAAGAAUUAGUGGAAUUUGUUCAACCUACCCUACUCCGGAACAACACACUGGGGAAUGAGGAGUUGAAGCAGAUGACUUGUGUCAUAGUAUGUUGAAGAUUAUUACAACGUGGGCAGUUUUCAUGCUUGUUUGACUAAGGAUCAGCUCAUCUUCGUCACAGCUUGCUCUUCCACGUGGUUUCAAUACAGCCUAGCUUCAGUACAGGUGGUGGUGUGCUCUGAUCUGCUUCAACGAGCUAUUUGCAAACUCUGCUGUGAUCAAUGGUACUAUUUAUUUCUGUGGGAUCUAUACAUGCUAUUUGCAAUACUUGUUUAGUUUAGUGGGUAGGGAAGUCUUGCGUACCUCUGGAACCUAAGAGUAGCCUGAGAACACACUGGAAUUACCUCAUGCUGCUCCUUCAGAAAUUUGUCCUAAACUAUAACUUACGUGAUGGGACUCCAGACUAAUUCAGGGUGACCUGAGCUUCUCUUCCUUGAAGCAAAUGGCUGCUCUAAGGAACAAGGGGUGGCUGAGCACACUAUUAAAGCUACUGCACACCUGAGCUUCAUUAAAUUGUGCUUCUUAAGAGAAGACCUGUGCAAUAUGGCUUUAGGCUUGUCCCAGCCAAGCUGGUUCUUUCAGAACUCAAUGGGUAUCUGUGCCACGCCUGCUCCCUAAAGCUGCUUAGGUGGCUUAGCAUAAGCUGUGCCUCCCUACCUCCACGGUACCCUCCGGUGAACAGCAGUCAAAACUGUAAUCUAGUUUUGCUUGCUAUGAACUCGCACUGUAGGGUAAUUACAGCUGAACAACAGUCUUCUCAAAUAGCACUUACCAUUUCAGGCUUUUGUUUAUAUCGAAUGCUUAAGUAGGUUGCCUAACAAGGGACAAAUGACUGUGACCUUUGCCUGUGCAAAAGGACAAAGCAUACGGCAGCUGUGUUUGUAGGAGCUGCACAUUGGCAGGGCAACAGCACCAACCACCCCUCUGUUUUCCUUCUGUGGGAGGUUUUUUUGGUUUGUUUUUUUUUUUACCAACAUAGGGUGUACCUCAAAGGCUGGUUCUCCACCCCUUGGGAAGCUUUCAGAGCAGAGUUCUGACCCAGAGCAGGGUUCCAGAAGCCCCUGCUCUCUAGGGCCAUGCAUCUCCAGUUACUUUGUAUAUUGAAUGCAAGGGCUGAUUAUAUGGCCGAGGCUAUUACACUUGGUACUCACAUUUGCAUAGUGACAGUCUGUUCCAGGUUCAACACAUCCUGUUGCUUCUUCUAAACCUGUUUGGGGCUUUAGGUUGGAAAGCAGUAAGACACACUGCAAUUGUGAAGGUUUACUGUGUCCCAGUACCUUUUAACUUUAGCACUGCCUUAAGUUUUGGCUAUGCCUGC